AUGUCAUUAAAGGAUUUUAAAAUAAUAUCCAAACUAGGUACUAGAUUAAGAUAUCAAAGGCGACGGAUCUUAUUCCAAUGUUUACAAAGUCAGAAGGAUAGAAGACAAUCUUGAAUACGCUCUAAAGAAAGUAAAUUUAACCAACUUAUCCGAUAAAGAAAAGCAAAAUGCCUUAAAUGAAGUAAGGAUUCUUGCUUCAAUUCAUCAUUAAAAUAUUAUUAGUUACAAAGAAGCCUUCAUUGAUCCAGUCAGUAACUCUUUAUGGUUAAAUAUAAAUAUAUAAUAUAUAGUAUUGUAAUGGAACUUGCCGCUGAUGGAGAUUUAUUGCAGAAGAUAUAGAAAUGCAUCAAAACAAAUAGUUAAUUCUAAGAAAAGGAGAUAUUAAAAUAUGCUUUUCAAAUUAUAAAUGCCUUAAAAGCACUUCACUAAAUGAAAGUGAUGCAUCGUGAUAUAAAGAGUGCUAACAUAUUUUUGAUAAACAACGAAGUCAAAUUGGGAGACCUGAAUGUGUCCAAAGUCGCAAAGUAAGGUUUACUAUACACUUAAACUGGUACCCCAUACUAUGCAAGUCCAGAAGUAUGGAAAGACCAACCCUACGAUUGUAAAUCAGAUAUCUGGUCUUUGGGUUGUGUAUUAUAUGAAAUGGCAGCAUUAAAAUUACCUUUUCAAGCGGAAGACAUGGAUGGCCUCUAUAACAAAGUGAUUAAGGGUAUGUCUACUUGGAUAACUUAGGAUAUUACCAAAAACUACCUAAACCUUACACAUUUGAUUUACAAAAUUUAAUAAGAAUGAUGUUAUAAGUUUCGACGGUUUUAAGACCUACAGCAACUUAAUUACUAGAAUUAAAUUGCUUCUAAAAUUUCCAACUUACUCUUCAAAAUGCUGGGUAACUAAUUAAAACAAUCUAAUUUCCAAAAAACAAGAGCUACUAAAAUAUUUUCCCUAAGUCUACUUAUAAGUAGGAUUCAUAGAAUAAAAAUGAGUAGAUUACUUCCUCUCGUAAAAGGUUAGCAACUUUGGGAGGGGGGAAUGACUCUUUGCAUUCUAAUCCAACUAGACUAUCUUAAUAUGAAUAAACUAGUAUAUGAUAUGUAUUUAUAAAGAUUAAGCCCAAAAGAUUAAUAAAAAUCAUUAACUAAAUAGACUAGACCUUGAGAAUCUAAAGCAGAAUCAUAAUUCACUAAAUAAAAUACUAUCAGAAGGGUCUUUGCAGAGCAAAUUCAGCAAACUUGCUGUCAACAACAUAUUAUAGGAGAAAAUUAGAAAACAAAUUAUCAUGCCAAGUCUAUAACAAAAAGCAUCUCCUUUUUCUCGUAAGAUAAGCUCUAGAUAAAUUAAUGAAACUACAAUACUACCUUGUAUAUUAUGA